UCUGCAACACAGAAGUAGAAAAGCUAGGGGCAGUAGUCAGUGCUUAUCCUUCGUCGUUAGUAUUGACUAUCAAAAUCUUGCUCUCCUGUAGACAAACAAAGAAGAAUAGGAUGAAUAAGAUUCUCUUAUUAUCGUCGCAACCAGCAAGUGUGCAAGCAAAUAGAUCAUAGCCUGGACGUAAGAAACUAGAAGAAUACUUGCGAGCUUAUUGCCAGUUUCUCCCUCAAAAAAAGCCAUUCGUGUCAACAGAAAACCCUCUUUCCAUUCAGAAGCAAUGUGCCAGCUGUGUUUUUCUCUGCUCGUCGCCUCGUGAUAGAAGUUGUUCUCCAGUGUUUGGAUAGAUCGUCUCGUAAACAAGACUGACUUUAUCUCGGAUGCUCACAGUCACUGAAGCCGAGAAUACAUCUCUGGAUACUUUCUGCUUUUUAAGAAGGUUCAGGUUCAGGCUCAGCCACGCUCAGCAUCUGAAUACCCCACCCCUCCGUCUCACUGAGCCACUGGAGCUGACAUUGGAAAAUUGUGCCAAGUACUACUAACUGUAUCUCUGAACCGUCCACCAUGCAUCCAGAAGACCCUAAACCACCCACUAGUCCUUCGUUUCCCCUGACCAAGCUUAAAAGUUUCAUUGACCUCGACUUCGACACUCUGAAGGAGACCCACGAGUUUUUCAUGGAGCCUUGGGGAGGAAAGGACAAAGGUCUGACCAAGAGCCAGUUCUGCGAAGUGAUAAAGAAGACCAUUGGUAGACAGUUUACGAACAAUGAAAUAGAGUCCUUGUUUGAGAAGACAAAUGCCAACUGCACACAAAGGAUCUGCUGGAAAGACUUUAUUGGCUGCAUAACUAUGGUGCUGCAGUACCACAACUACUUGGAAGAAACUGCCCUCAAGAUGCCGAUCUUUCGGCCUGAAGUAAAGUUUAUUUCUGACAUACACAGGAAAUCCCAUAGUAGCCAUCUGCUUCGUUCCUACCUUGCGGUUACAGUCCUUGGCAAUCGACUACAGCAGGGGCGGUACUACAUGCUGGGAAGGGAAGGUCUUAUUUCGAUGUGGACAUUAAACAUGAAACUGUCAGGCUAUCGCUGGAUCGGAUCGGAUGGUCGAAGCAGCUUACCCAAAUACUACAUCGACAUGACAGUCUUGUAUCCUUCGACUCUGAUUGCUGUGAUCUCUACAGAGCGCUGCAUAGCUAUCUGGGAAAUGCACUCUGACGGCAUAUCACUUAAAUACACCAUUACCGCGUUGUCUAACUGUCCAACAUGCCUGGACUACUGGGGUGACCUAACUUCACGCACACGCAACCUGCUGUUCUGGGGCGACACUGCUGGGGACGUGCACUGCCUGGAGUUCAACGUCAACCACAAGGAGGGACUGUUUAUUAGGAGUGAGACGAAAGAAAACAUGGUCAGAGUUCACUACACCGACCUCCUCCGUGGCAAGAUUUCUGGCGUCAGACUGAUCAAGAUGGCUGCUAUUCACAAAGGUGGGUGAUAAAAAUAAGAUACCUGCCGAAGUGGGAUGCCUUUAUCUCGUGUAGCCAGACCAACAUCAAUUCCCUCUUCUACGGCGACUUUCACGGCAAGCGUGAGUACUACUCAUGCCGCACUAGCGUGCUGUGCUUCGAGUACAGCGUUCAGCUCAACAUCGUCGUCACAGGAUGUUUGAACGCUACGGUGUUUGUGUGGAACUUCUUCGUGAAGCAGACCCCCAUUUUUAGAUUAAGGGGUCACCAUAGCCCUGUCAUUGCCGUGGCGAUCCGAGAGGCUACUCGGCAUGUCAUCAGCGUGGACACAGGACACGCCGUGAACGUCUACAAUCUGUUAAACCAGCAGUGCAUCCAACGGUUUGGCAGGUUGUCGAUGACCGCGCUGGGCGGUCUGCCCACAACCAGCCACUACUACAACCCAGCACGUAACGAGCUGACAAUGGCCAGCACCACUAUUGCCUGGGCUCUCCCUGUUCCUGUCUUUGACGUGCGCUCUGACUAUUCCGAGAUAUGCUCGCAUGA